UUAAUAGUCAUGAGUGACACAGAGACAGGUAGAGCAAGUACACUCUUUAUCCAGGUGUAGUUCAUAAGCACAAUGUGGGCUCUAAAUGAAGAAGAAAAUAUGGACACAUCUGACACUCCGUGGAAUUGGUAUUAUCUGGGAGACUGUGGGAGGUGGCACAGAGUUGAGGAUGAUCCCAGCAAGUCCUUUAGAAGUCAGGACAUAGAGGAAUGGUAUUUGAGAGACUCAAACUCCGUUAUGAACAUAAAUACAUUCAACGUCCGAAGCAGGAUUGAUUUUUCAGUGAUGAUACAGACCGACCUCAACACAGGGAAACAAAGGCGAAUCCAACGCAGCUUUAAUCUUGAGAAAAGCUGUUCCUGUUUCUGUGGACUGCCUGUUUUCUGGGAAAACUUUGAUUCUACAGCUCCUUAUCAGCUGAUCCCACUGCGUGAGCUCACCCCAGAGUAUAAGAUGGUGGCAGAUUAUGUGAGCCAGGUUGGUCUCCUAUCCAGACCCAUCGUAUCAAUAAGAAGAAUACAGAAUCUGGAACUCUUGGAAAUAUACUGCAGGAAAAAGAAACAGCUUAUGAAAAUUAAACGUGUCCAAGAUAUUCCUGAAAAGCGCCUUUUCCACGGGACUGACACUAAAAACGUGGACAGCAUUUGCAAGUAUAACUUUGAUUUAAGGACACCUGCAAGAAUCGGAAGAACAUUUGGUAACGGUAUAUAUUUUGCCAUCCAUGCAUCAUAUGCAGACAGAUACAGUACCAACAGCGCACGUCAUGGAAAUACAAAAAUUAUAUUUCUUGCUCGGGUCAUGGUUGGGAAAUUUAAAGUUGGAAACCAGGGUUUACUUAAGCCAGACGAUGAAAACGCAUUUGACAGUUGUGUGAACGAUGCCAAUAAUCCCAAAAUAUUUAUUAUAUUUGAUCCAAAUCAGAUCUACCCAGAGUAUCUUAUAGAGUACCAAUAACCUCACUCAACUUUAGUCAGUUAAAACAACCGACAAAUAAA